GUAACGUAGUGUUUACAAUAUCGUGAGAUAACUGUUGCGAUUUGCAUUUCUAUCCUCUUGCUUCUCUCCAAUAACAUUCCUGGCUCAGUCUAUUCUAUGGCUCGAAUAAAUAUUGUGCGUUUAAGUGCAAUCGGACAUUCAAUUAGGCGCACGAUAUUAAUAACUCGUCAAUUAUUCCGAUAAGUCUCGAGUACGCUUUGUCGCACUGAAUCGUUUUGGAUGUCAAUUGUCCCUUCGUCGCACGUUGAAAUUGUUAAUCGCAAGAACAAAGAGCGUUGCCUGUACUUAUGGUUCCAUCCCAAUAUUACGGGUUUAGAAGCAGAGCGUCUGUUAAUGGAACGAGGACAUGACAGCUCAUUCCUAGCACGUCCUAGUUCUUCAAAUCCUGGUGACUUUACGUUAUCUGUCAGACGGAAUGGCGAGGUGACUCAUAUUAAAAUACAAAAUACAGGAGACUUCUAUGAUCUUUAUGGUGGUGAAAAAUUUGCCACGCUCUCAGAGUUGGUCCAAUUUUAUAUGGAAAACGGUGGACAAUUGCGCGAGAAGAACGGCGAGAUUAUUGAGCUGAAGUAUCCCCUUAAUUGUGCCGAUCCUACAACCGAAAGGUGGUUCCAUGGUCACUUGUCAGCGAAAGAAGCGGAACGGUUGAUGCUAGAACGUGGAAUAAAUGGAUCCUUUUUAGUGCGAGAGUCCCAAAGUAAACCUGGCGAUUUUGUGCUGUCUGUACGCACUGACGACCGCAUCACACAUGUUAUGAUACGAUGUCAGGAUAACAAAUAUGAUGUAGGUGGCGGUCACAAGUUUGACAGUCUGAGUGUUCUGAUCGAUCAUUAUAAGAAAAAUCCAAUGGUGGAAACAAGCGGAAGCGUUGUUCGACUUCGACAACCGUUCAACGCUACGCGCAUUAACGCUAGUGGCAUUGAAAGUAGAGUCAGACAGCUACAGAAAACGGUGAAAUUAAAAGAAAAUGGCUGUUCCAAUGGUUGUUGGAACGGCGCUACUGGAAAUAAUGAGAGCGGGGUAGGUCGUGGCAAGGGAAAAGCUGGCUUUUGGGAGGAAUUCGAAUCGUUACAGCAGUUGGAAUGCCGGCAUUUGUUUUCAAGAAAGGAAGGUCUGCGUCCGGAAAAUCGUGCAAAAAAUCGUUAUAAAAAUAUUUUACCGUUUGAUCACACGAGGGUACGAUUAAAGGAUGUAGAUCCCAAUGUUCCUGGAACCGAUUAUAUCAACGCUAACUACAUAAAGAACGAAGAAGGUAAUGGGACAAGCGGUGGUAGCAGUAGCGAUGCCGGAUCACUUGGCAAGUAUUACGUAGCUACCCAGGGUUGUCUUCCAAAUACCGUACAAGAUUUUUGGCACAUGGUCUAUCAGGAAAACACACGGGUGAUCGUCAUGACCACGAAAGAGAUAGAAAGGGGGAAAAAUAAGUGUGCGCGUUAUUGGCCGGAAGAAGGCGAAACCGCCGAAUAUGGUAACGAGUGGAAAGUGCGCGCUGUAACGCGGACUUCGACCGCUGAUUAUACACUACGAGAGUUUCUCCUGCAAGGAACCAAACCAAACUUUUCCGAAUCCAGAAGGAUUUACCAUUAUCACUUUCAAGCAUGGCCUGAUCAUGGUGUUCCGGCGGAUCCUGGAUGUGUAUUGAAUUUUUUGCAUGACGUAAAUGCCAGGCAAGAAUCGAUUGCUGCAUCUUUGGCCUCGAAUAACCAAACUACACUGUCUAUAGGACCGAUUCUUGUUCACUGUAGUGCCGGAAUUGGUAGGACUGGCACAUUCAUUGUUAUCGACAUGAUUUUAGAUCAAAUUAAACGUCACGGACUGGACUGUGAAAUUGAUAUUCAACGCACAAUACAGCGAGUGCGCUCGCAAAGAUCAGGUAUGGUCCAGACGGAAGCACAAUACAAAUUCGUUUAUCUUGCUGUUUUGCAUCACAUUGGAACUGUGUCUCAGCGGAUGCAAGCAGAACAGAAAUCGCUUCAGUUGGGUAGAGAAUACACUAAUAUUUGUUACAAAAGCGAGACGAAUGCUUCUACCACGAAUGAGACCUCCACUCCUCCAUGUACACCGACGACUGUUUCGACAUUGUCCUCACCCACUUACAGUUUGAGAUCAAAGUAACUUUCAUUAGACACAAAUCAAUUCUUCAUAUAUUCGGGAAAGCAAACAAGAGGCUUCGUUACCCUUCCUUUCUUUCUGUUUUCUCUCUAUUUUUGUUAUUAUAUGUAAUAUUGCGAAAUACGAUAUAAUGCGACGUAUUCUGUUUACAGAUUUACGUAUUUAUUUCUUCAGCAAUAUUCGGAGUCAUUCUUUUUAAAUAUAACGUUUAUCAUGUAUACUUAUAAUGCAUACUUAUUUGUUAAGGGGAUCGGUAGAGUCGUCUGUUUUUUACCAUAAACCUUAUUCCAACUACAAUUAUUUUUGACUACAUAGAACAACAAAUCCUUUUCCACAAUUACAAUACAUACAGAAAUGCGUUGUAAUUGACUGAACUUUAUGCUAAAAAUGGAAACAAAUUUCGAAAAUUACAGUUUUGUUACCGACUUAUGGCUCGCCUCGUAUGAUAAUAUGCUUAUAAUAUAUAAGGUGCGCAGUUUGUAGGUACAAAAUGAGAACCAAUUGCAAAGAAGACAGAAGGAAAGAAUAUAAGGAAGCUUUUAAAAGAGACUUCAGAAGUGUAGUAAAAAAGAUAGGUUGGAAUAAAAAUUUUGAGAACAUGUGUAUCUCUAAAAUCGUGAUCAAGAGUAAAACAGAGCACAAGAUUAGGUUCGUGAUAUAGUGCAAAAGGAUUUUUCAUUUUGCGCAACCAAUGAAAAGAUCUAUUAAAAAACUCAUUUAUUCCGUCGCUAAUACAGACGACUCCAGGAUCCUCUUAAAAAAAGGUUGUACACGCGCGCGCAUAUACAGACAUGUAGACGUGCACAUAUACAAAAGCAGGGAAAAGCGGGAAGGGGGGAGGAACAAGGGAAAGGAAUUGAAGAAUAAAUACCAUCUUGAAGAUUUUUGAAACUACGAGAAUAGGAAGAAUAAAUUUAUCUAGCAGAAAUCAUAUGUUGCAAAAGCGUUUGCCGCGUUUGGUAAUAUUUCCUUUUUAAGUAAAGUUGUUUCGGAGGUCUAAAGGACGGUAUUCAUAGUCCAUUCUUAUAAUGAGAUAGUCUUAAGUAUACCUUUUAGAUAAUAUAGCUAUCAGAUUAGCUAACAAAUACCUUACUCAUAUUUAGGACAAUUAAUAUAGAAACAGGUCAUGAAUACUGUCUGAAGAUUUUUUUUUUAAUAGAUUGUUAUAUUUUUAUUUUCUAUAAUAAUGGUUACUAAAAGUACAAUUUAUGAUAUAAAAUUGUUACAAGAUUAUUGACACUCAAUAAUGAUAAAAUAUCUUAUUUCAACAAUUAGAUGUGAAACUGAAGAAAUUGAUAUUCACAGAUGUUUGAAAUAAUUUCUUGAUAUCAAUGCAAAACUGUAAAAGUUUCUAAUUGUUUUCUAAUUGUUGAUUCAGUCGCAUUUCGUAUAACAUCGGAAUUUGAUGCAGCAAUAAUUAUCUGUUAUUAUUUUCUUAUUUUCAGUCGUAAUCGAUAUCCUUUUGUAUAUAAGAUGUCUUUCAAUUUAUCUAUAGGAAACAGUCCAAAAAUAUCAGGUCCGAUAAACAAGACAGAGAGCUGAUCACAAUAUUCCGCGUUCAAUUUAAUGAUUUGAGAAUCUAUUGCAUCUUAUUAUUAUUAGUAAUCUGUUAUAAUCCAUGAGCGAUCAAUGAAUAAUAUGCCGAGAAUCUAUCGUGUUGGCAUUACUUAUCGUGUAUUUAAGGAGAAGCUGGAGUCGUCUGUAUUACUCCAAAUUUGUGAACACUAAUUUUUUUAUUGAUUGCAUAGAAUGAAAAAUCCUUUUAACGAUUCCCUUCCAUGAUUAAAGUAUAGGCAGUAAUGAAUACGGGGCUAAUGGAGUUUAUGUGAAAAAAAUGAGAAAAAGUUUUAAAAUUACAGUUUUCUUCUCGACUUAUUGUCUGACCACAACAAUUUUACAUUUCGUACGUACAAAAUAGGGUGGUUCCCAACUCGGAACAGAAUGAAGGAACAUGAGGAUGCUUUUAGAAGUGAAUUUAGAAGCGUAGUAAAAAAGAUUAGUGUUUAUAAAACUUUUGUGAAUGUGAAAUCGUGACCAAGAAUGAAACAAAGCACGAGAUUAGGUCUUUGAUAUCGUGCAAAAGGAUUUUUCAUUCUGAGCAACCAAUAAAAAGAUUUAUUAAAAAAGUUAUUUACUCCGUCGGUAAUACAGACGCGUCCAACUUGCCCUUAAAGAUUUAACGUUUCUUAUAGAAAUAUAAUGUACAUAUUGCUAUUGAAAUUUUUUACGAUAAAAUAAGAAAAAUUUUAUUAGUCUAAUAAUUCCACAUUAUACAUAUAUUCAUCGAUUGCCUCCGCUGUUGGAUACUUGCUGCAGAUAAUGUGCACUUUUAAUAGCUAGCAAAAAUACAUAUUAUGUAAAUUAACAUUACCCUGAUCAGUAAAUAUUGCUUUAUACGA